AUGACCGCUACACUUUCGGGGCUGGUCGCCAUUCGGGCACGGAACCUGAUGCACAGAAGUGCGCAGCAAGACGCACAAGGAACAGCUGCAUUACAUACGACACGCACAGCUCUCUUUUCGUGCUUUGUCACGUUGCGGCACCCCGGUGAAGUCCCGUUUUUUGUCGCACCUCCUUCCAAGCCCGGGCGCCAAGCUUCAUGGGGAGAGUAUACCACAGCUCCUAUUGCUCCGAAACGCGAUUUUGGAGAGUGGGCAUGGGGUACCAGCGCACAGGUACUUGUCGCGCUAUGGAUUUGCGGCACUGACUUCACGGCAUGGCAGCGAGUUUGGGAGGUUUCCUUUAAUUUACACCAUCCGCCGCAGGCCAGUGCCGCACAAGAGAAUCUUGUGUACCUCGGAUUUAUGCGUGCCACAGAGCCCGAUGCAGCGGUAGAAUACAUUACCAUUUCCCCACGCACCCUUGACACCAAGCCUACACAGCGCGAAGCAACAAGCUACACAUUGGAUGCCGCGCUUGCAUUGCGCGAUACACAAGCGGACCUGGUGCGCACACAAGCAACGCUGCGUGCGCUUCGAGAGCGCACUACAUCGGUGCUGAGCGGCAACAGCAGUUUAGUCCAGCAUCGCUACUUGCUGCAAGAACGGCACCAUGUACAGCAUUUACAAGACGCACUGGCGCGAGGCAGCGCCGAACUAUCACAGCUCCGCGAAAGCAUUGUUCAGCACCGUGAACGUACAAAUAUACAACGUCAGGAGGCGUCGGAGCGUGGCGCAAGCGCACAGCAGCGUAUGGAAAGUCGCAUGGAGCGCUUACGAGCGGACAGUGCCGCGAUACGCUCACAACUUUUGCAAUUGCAGCAAGCGGUGCAUGUAAAUCGACAGCGUCUGUUUUAUGAGCUGGACACAAUAUACCCUAUCCAGCUAGAAGAUGCGCGAGAGCUAUUGUACUCGAUCGUGCACCUGCCACUUCCCAACGGUGUUGCAUCGUCGAAUGCAGGCACAGGGGGGGAUCCUGAAAGCACCGCAUCUGCGCUUGCAUUUGCUGCACAGCUUGUACUACUGAUCAGCGCCUACCUGCACCAUUUUUUGCCGUACCACAUAAAGACUUUGGGAAGUCGUGCGACGAUGCGCGAUACCAUUAGUGUUAUGCAAGGCCCCAGAACCUUUGUUCUCUAUGGAAAAGGCAUUGAGCGCUACCGCUACGAAUACGGCGUAUUCCUGCUGAACAAGGAUAUUGAGCACCUCAUGAACCAGCACCACGUUCCAGUCCUGGACUUGCGCAACACACUGCCCAACCUCAAGAAUCUGUUGGUCACGCUUGCGUCGGCACCGUACACACCUCCAUAUACCCCGUAG